AUGUGCGAACGUUUUGGGGCAUGUGCGAACCUUUUCAACCAGGGUAGAAGUGUAGCCGUUCAGGCCUGGGCAACGGAACUCAAAGAUGAUACGUAUGCGUUUUACCCGGAGUGUCAGAGAUUGGCUCAAGAGUUAUCAGAGGUCGACAGGCGAUCUAUUGUUCUACAAGAGUCUAUGGAUUUUAUCGAAGUUGAAGAGGGUGUGAGCGAUGUUUCGACUUACAAGUCAGACUAUUUACUUGCCCCAGCUUUCCGGCACAAACGUGAUAGCGGUGUGUCUUCACGACGAGCUUCGGACGCACGAAAAACGAGUAGCAGUGGCGAUCAACACAUCCCAGCACUCCAGGUAGUUGAAGAUGAAUCUACGGGUGCUGGCCUUUGUGACGCGGCUAAGAAAGGAACUACGGCUUUGAAAGUGGCAAUCCAGAAGGCACAGGAUGAUGCCGAUGAGAACAGGGAAGAAACAGAGUACCGUCAUAUAUUAAAAGCCAUCUGUAUGGGGGUCCUCAUUUUAAAGCUGAUUUCCUCAGAAUAUCAAGAAUACUUCUGCCGCGGCUGCUUCAGAUAUUAG